AAAAAUAGUAAGGAAAUCUCCAAAUACUUUUCCAAGUGAACUCUGGACUCUGGAAGUGUAAUUUGGUUGAAGUUCAACCGCCUCAUUGUCUACCACUUUUUCUCUAUAAAUACGGUGAUUCUAAAGGAUUUCGGAGUUUUUCUCUUUUUCCUCGCAUUGUUUCGAUCAACAGAAUCCAUUAAUCAACAGGAGGGCGAGAGGGCGAUUGUAAUUCAGCUCUCCGGUGAUCGAUCCUUUUCUCCGGUGGCUGUAAAAUACGUGCUUCUAAGAUGGCAAUGAGCCAGCUGAAGAUUAUUGAGUUGGAGGAAGGAUGGGAGUUUAUGCAGAAGGGAAUCACUAAAUUGAAGAAAUUUUUAGAAGGACAACAACACUCUUUCAGCUCUGAAGAGUACAUGAUGCUCUACACAACUAUAUAUAACAUGUGUACACAGAAGCAGCCACAUGAUUACUCCCAGCAGUUGUAUGAGAAGUACAAGGAAGCAUUUGAAGAAUAUAUCAAUUCUACGGUUCUUCCUGCUUUACGAGAGAGGCACGAUGAGUUUAUGUUGAGGGAGUUUGUGAAAAGAUGGGCGAAUCAUAAACUUAUGGUUAGGUGGCUCUCACGGUUCUUCCAUUAUCUCGACCGAUAUUUUAUUGCCCGAAGGUCGCUACCUGGUCUUAAUGAAGUUGGUCUGAUGUGCUUCCGUGAUCGGGUUUAUCAGGAGUUGAACGGUAAAGCUAGAGAUGCAGUUAUUGUGUUGAUUGAUCAAGAACGUGAGGGUGAGCAGAUUGACAGAGGUUUAUUGAAGAAUGUGCUUGAUAUAUUUGUUGGAAUUGGAAUGGGGGAAAUGGAGUAUUAUGAGAGUGACUUUGAAGAUGCAAUGCUUAAAGAUACUGCAGCUUAUUAUUCUCGGAAAGCUUCAAGUUGGAUUGUGGAAGAUUCUUGUCCAGAUUAUAUGCUGAAGGCAGAAGAGUGCUUGAAGAAAGAGAAAGAUAGAGUGUCUCAUUAUCUCCAUGUUCUUAGCGAGACAAAACUUCUAGAGAAAGUGCAAAAUGAAUUGUUGGUUGUAUAUACCAAUCAGUUACUUGAGAAGGAGCAUUCUGGAUGCCGAGUAUUGCUUAGAGAUGAUAAGGUAGAGGAUUUAUCUCGUAUGUAUAGGCUAUUCCACAGAAUCCCCAAGGGAUUGGAACCUGUUUCAAAUAUGUUUAAACAGCAUGUCAUAGCUGAAGGCAUGGUCUUGGUGCAACAGGCUGAAGAUACGACAAGUAGCAAGGCUGAAAGUUCAGGCUCAGGAGAGCAGGUCUUUGUUAGAAAGUUGAUUGAGCUUCACGAUAAGUAUAUGGCUUAUGUUACGGACUGUUUUGCUAAUAACUCUCUGUUUCAUAAGGCUCUCAAGGAGGCAUUUGAGGUCUUCUGUAACAAGGUUGUAUCUGGUUGUUCAAGUGCAGAGCUCCUUGCUUCUUAUUGUGAUAAUAUUCUUAAGAAAGGUGGGAGUGAAAAACUCAGUGAUGACGCUAUUGAGGAGACCUUGGAUAAGGUGGUCAAACUUCUCGCAUACAUUAGUGACAAAGACCUUUUUGCGGAGUUCUACAGGAAGAAGCUUUCUCGUCGAUUGCUCUUUGAUAAAAGUGCUAAUGAUGACCAUGAAAGGCUUAUCUUAACAAAGCUAAAGCAACAGUGUGGUGGGCAGUUUACAUCAAAGAUGGAGGGAAUGGUAACAGACUUGACAUUGGCUAGGGAAAAUCAGAACCAUUUUCAAGAAUAUCUCAGCAACAACCCUGCAGCGAGUCCUGGAAUUGAUUUAACUGUGACAGUUCUUACAACUGGGUUCUGGCCUAGUUAUAAAUCUUCUGAUUUGAGUCUCCCUGUGGAAAUGGUAAAAUGUGUGGAAGUCUUCAAGGAAUUUUAUCAGACAAAAACAAAACACAGGAAAUUGACAUGGAUUUAUUCAUUGGGUACUUGUAACAUCAAUGGGAAGUUUGAUUCAAAAACCAUUGAACUGAUUCUGGGAACUUAUCAGGCUGCUGCUCUGUUAUUGUUUAAUUCUUCAGAUAGAUUAACUUACUCAGAAAUCAAGAAUCAGUUAAAUUUGGCUGAUGAUGACUUGAUCAGAUUACUUCAAUCCCUUUCAUGUGCCAAGUAUAAAAUUCUGACUAAGGAGCCUUGCAAUAGAACUGUUUCGUCAUCAGAUCAUUUUGAGUUCAACUCCAAGUUCACUGACAGGAUGAGGCGGAUUAGGGUCCCAUUACCUCCUGUGGAUGAAAGGAAAAAGGUGGUCGAGGAUGUAGACAAAGAUAGACGUUAUGCAAUUGAUGCCUGUAUUGUGCGCAUUAUGAAGAGCCGGAAAGUUCUUCCUCAUCAACAACUAGUGUUGGAGUGUGUUGAGCAGUUGAGCCGAAUGUUUAAGCCCGACUUCAAAGCAAUCAAAAAGCGAAUUGAAGAUCUCAUCACUAGAGAUUACUUGGAAAGAGAUAGAGAGAACCCAAAUUUGUUCAAGUAUUUAGCCUGAAGCAAUAAUCUGGUGCUCGGCUGAAUUUUUUUGUUCUCUGCACAUCACACUGAGUACAACUGGUUUCUCCAUGUCACUCAAUAGGGAUAUUGUAGCAGAUAAUUUUUUUUAACCUUUGCCUAUAAGUAGGCAACUGUGCAGUUCUUAGAUAUCACUCCGCCUUUUUUUUUUGUCAAGAAGUUGGUGGAAGGUUAAUACGGUACUUGUUGCAGUCAUAGAUUCGAGCAACACACUCAACUAUUCAUUCCCUUGUGUUCUGAUCUAUUGCUUACAAAUAUCUCUGUGACUCUAUUGCACUCGCAAGGAGGACAGUUCCCUCUUGCUUUUUUUUCCUUAAUAGAUUGCAAGAUAACAUAA